GCUCGGGCUGCGGCUGCGGCUGCUGCACUUCCAGCUUCUGAGGGAAGGAGGCCGAGGCCUGGGCCGAGCCCGGAGCCGCCGCCGCCGCCGCCGCCCGGAGCCUCCUGGAGCCCCCGCGCCGGCUCAGCCUGGGGGCGGGCUCGGGUCCGGCCCGCCGCCGCGCCCAGGACGGAGGCUGCGUGCCCGAGGACCAGGCCGGCGCAGCCAUGGAGGAGGCAUCUCCCUAUUCCUUACUUGAUAUCUGCUUGAAUUUCCUGACUACUCACCUUGAGAAGUUCUGUUCAGCAAGACAGGAUGGAACAUUGUGUCUGCAGGAAUCUGGAGUAUUCCCACAGGAAGUGGCUGAUCGACUGCUUCAGACCAUGGCUUUUCAUGGUCUACUGAAUGAUGGAACUGUAGGUAUUUUCAGGGGCAACCAGAUGCGCUUAAAGCGUGCUUGUAUUCGCAAAGCCAAGAUCUCUGCUGUUGCUUUCCGGAAAGCCUUCUGCCAUCACAAGUUAGUGGAACUUGAUGCUACAGGUGUGAAUGCAGACAUCACAAUUACAGACAUCAUCAGUGGGCUUGGCAGUAACAAAUGGAUCCAGCAAAAUCUCCAGUGCCUAGUGCUGAACUCAUUAACUCUCUCCCUCGAAGAUCCUUAUGAGCGGUGCUUCAGCCGGCUUUCUGGCCUUCGAGCAUUAAGCAUCACCAAUGUUCUCUUUUAUAAUGAAGACCUGGCUGAAGUUGCCUCAUUGCCAAGAUUAGAGAGCCUGGAUAUUUCUAACACCUCGAUCACUGACAUCACAGCUUUGCUGGCCUGCAAAGACCGACUCAAGUCUCUAACCAUGCACCACUUGAAAUGUUUAAAAAUGACAACUACCCAAAUACUGGAUGUUGUUCGGGAACUAAAACAUCUGAAUCAUCUUGAUAUUUCAGAUGAUAAACAGUUUACAUCAGACAUAGCUCUUCGCUUACUAGAACAAAAGGACAUCCUACCCAACCUCGUCUCCCUAGAUGUUUCUGGGAGAAAGCAUGUGACAGAUAAAGCUGUUGAAGCCUUUAUACAACAACGGCCCAGCAUGCAGUUUGUAGGUUUGCUGGCCACUGAUGCAGGUUACUCUGAAAUCCUCACUGGCGAAGGACAUUUAAAGGUGUCUGGAGAAGCCAAUGAAACUCAAAUUGCAGAAGCAUUGAAGCGGUACAGUGAACGGGCAUUCUUCGUCCGGGAAGCUCUAUUUCACCUUUUUAGCCUGACUCAUGUGAUGGAAAAAACAAAGCCAGAAAUUUUAAAGCUUGUGGUUACUGGGAUGAGAAACCACCCUAUGAAUUUGCCAGUACAACUUGCUGCAAGUGCCUGUGUGUUUAACUUAACUAAACAGGAUCUUGCUGCAGGAAUGCCUGUCCGACUCCUGGCUGAUGUGACCCAUUUGCUGCUCAAAGCCAUGGAACAUUUUCCCAAUCACCAGCAGUUGCAGAAGAAUUGCCUCCUUUCACUUUGCAGUGACCGGAUCCUUCAAGAUGUUCCAUUCAACAGGUUUGAAGCAGCCAAGCUUGUCAUGCAGUGGCUCUGCAACCAUGAAGAUCAAAACAUGCAAAGGAUGGCAGUUGCUAUCAUUUCCAUCUUGGCUGCCAAGCUUUCUACAGAACAAACUGCACAGCUUGGUGCUGAGCUCUUCAUUGUCAGGCAACUUCUUCAAAUAGUGAAGCAAAAAACCAAUCAAAAUUCAGUGGACACCACUUUGAAGUUUACUUUGAGUGCACUUUGGAACCUCACAGAUGAAUCUCCAACCACUUGCAGACAUUUUAUUGAAAACCAAGGGUUAGAACUCUUCAUGCGGGUUCUAGAGUCUUUCCCAACUGAGUCAUCCAUUCAACAGAAAGUCCUAGGACUUUUGAAUAAUAUAGCUGAAGUACAAGAAUUGCAUUCUGAAUUAAUGUGGAAAGAUUUUAUAGACCACAUCAGUAGCCUCCUACAUAGUGUUGAAGUGGAAGUUAGUUACUUCGCAGCUGGAAUUAUUGCCCAUUUAAUAUCUAGAGGGGAACAAGCUUGGACAUUGAGCCGUAGCCAGAGGAAUUCUCUUCUGGAUGAUCUGCAUUCAGCUAUUUUGAAAUGGCCAACUCCAGAGUGUGAGAUGGUAGCAUACAGGUCCUUUAAUCCAUUUUUCCCAUUACUUGGCUGUUUUACAACACCAGGAGUCCAGCUAUGGGCAGUUUGGGCCAUGCAACAUGUCUGCAGCAAGAAUCCCUCAAGGUAUUGCAGCAUGCUGAUUGAGGAAGGAGGAUUGCAGCAUUUAUACAACAUCAAAGAACAUGAACAGACUGAUCCCCAUGUCCAACAGAUUGCUGUGGCCAUUCUGGACAGCUUAGAAAAACACAUUGUGCGCCAUGGGAGACCUCCUCCCUGUAAAAAGCAGCCCCAGGCUAGACUAAAUUGAUAGCCAUAGGUAAUUGGAUAAUUGAAUCACAGGAAUCCUUUUUGUGAUAGGUUCAUUUGCAAUAUCUUAUCCUCUGUGAUGUUUUAGGGGUUUCUAUGACAAGAGUCAUAAGAUCAUUUUGGGAUUGAUGGUGUACAGUACUGCCCAUGUGAACAGUCUCUAAUUUGUCUUGUGAUUUUUAACUUCUGGGGCAAGAAGGAUCUCUUCCUUUAUCAUUGCCUUUUAGGAAAUUUCCCACAUCUCUCUGUGUUUCAACUUAUCUGUGCUUGGAAUUCUACAGUUUUAUGAUAAAGUUUGCAUGAACCCUUAGGCCAGACUUUUCUGAUCUUAAGGUCCCUUCCAGUCAAUUUGCAGCUUCAGAUAAGCUGUUAACCUGAUUUCUGGCACUGCUUCAGUUGUAAGUUUUAUACUGCUUCUGUAUAAAAUGCCUUUAUUCUGUGUCUGUGUACCUUUUAUAAGAUGUCCUUCUUAGUAUGAAAGAACAGAAAUCUGAGUCCUCUUUGAAAGCUACUCACUGACUGGAGCCUGGGUAGCUGGCAGGAAAAAUAUAUUAGAAAGAAAACUAGUAAGGGGAGAUUAGGAACUGGAGAAAGGUCAGCUCUUAUAGUAUAGUUUUUAAACUGGGACAAGCUAUCCUUCCAGAGCCUGCCUCUCCUGAGGUAGUGAGCAGUAGCUUGUUCUUCACAUUUACUCCUGGGAGCAUGGGCUGCUGCUUCCUACACAGACUGCUGGUUACUCUAGAAAUAUUUCCCCAGGCAUCACAGUGUAAAAUAUUACAGCAUUCUGUGUUAAAGAUUAACUGUCUGAAUCUCUAUACAUCAUACUGUUGUGAAAAUGUGAAUUUUUAUAAAAUUGUCUCUUGUUAAAACUGACCUUUCUUUUCCCUCUAUUUCAAAGUCAUUUUGUUCAGUGAAAUAGAGAUUACACAUGGUAUUACUUGCUCAGUUAAAAUACAGUUAACAACAGUAAAUUCUGUCACAAGAAGUUAAAUUUUUCUUUUGUUUCAAAAUACCUGUAUCUUAACGUUCUCAUGUUAGAGAAAGAUGUCCAUAUCUCACUGCCAAAAUUGAAUGAGAAGCACUAGGCUAUUGUUAAAUGUAAUGAUUCUAGUUGUGGUGCAUAAGAGGAAAUAUUUUUUAAUGAGUUAUUUUUUAGACAGUUGCCUUUCCUUUAUGAUACUUGUUACAGCAUAGUAAAGAAUCAGUUCUCAUUAUAUUAAUAAUGACAGCUGGGAGGCAGCAAGUCACCAAGAAACUUAAUUUCCAUUUAAAAUUUUAGUUUGUGAAUAAGGUUAGUGACAAUUUCCGAUGACUGUUUUCUUCAUAGAUGGCCAAAAUGUUUUCAAUAGAGAUUUAAAUGGUAUGUUUAAAAUGAUGGUGAUUAUUCAGAAGCAUUUUUAUUUAGAGAGGAGCUGGCUUAUUAGUACGCUGAUAACAUUUUUGAUAUAUGUAUUUCAAACCACUGUCACAGAAAUCAUACUUGAAUUAUUUCAUACUCCUUCACAGGGAUGAAAACUUAAACUAAAAGAAAACAGGUAUUUAGAACCAUUAAAAACCAUAUUCUGGAUUACUUCUGACUUAAUUGGUUUAAGGAAUUUUUAUAGGCACAAGAAAUUUUCACAGAUUGUCUAUUUCAGGGGAAGUGGAAAAUUCUUCUAACUUUCCCCCUUUUUUCCAGAUUUUAAUGUCUAAGGCAAAAUUUAGAAAAUAGGAUGGCCUACACUAGCUUGGAAUUGCUAGCUAUGUUAACUAUCUCCAGGUCUCUUAGCUUGUAUAGUUAAGGGAAAACCUGUUUGAGAAGUUUGGCUUGAAGUUUCUCUUAUAUCCUAUUCAAGACAAAAAUGCAUGUUCCCUAUAGGCUAAUCUUAGGUUUUUAUCUUUACAAAUUGUUUUGAAUUAGCUAAAAAGAUACAGAAAAUAAUAACUCCCUUCAUUAUUCAGAAUAACUUGAUAGAUGAAGACUCAAAAAUACUUAAAAUUAAUUUUAAAUUUACUACUUUGAGCAUUGGUAAUGGUGGAAUAUUUCUUAAAAGCAAAAUAAUUGAUCACAUCCCAUAUAGAAAAAUUGUAGUGCCUUUGUGGUUGGGAUAGUUCUUAAAAUUAUGUAUCUAACUUAAAGCACAGAAUCAUCUGUAAGGUCUUGAAUCUGGCUAAAAUAUAGUAGAUGUGUAUAUUAAAAUUAUGAGGCAUAAUUGACCUAUGUCCACAGUUAGAAUCUAUUAGGCCUCCCUUUUACAUGAGUAUACUGGAAUGUAACAGUACUUGGUGCCUUCAAGGUUACCUCUGCAGUGGUUUAGAGGUGCUGUUUCAAGCACAAUUUAAGAGUAGGGUUGAACCACUCAUUGCUCAAAUCAUUGGUACAUUCAGAUAUGGUAAAAUGUUACUCCAGUCCACAAGCAGCAGCAAGGUUUAGAUCUACCAAAGGAAAUGGAAUUACAUUUUUUUUAGAGUAUAAUGAUGCAUGUUGGUAUCAUUGAGUAAAACAAGAAUGGUCUGAAAUUAAAGCAAAAAUAAAGUAUCUCGAAGGUGCAAUGGAAA